AUGGCUGACCAGUUCGUCGGACCAACUUUGUUUGGAAAGAAACAGGAGCCGCGCUUUGACGCUGCAGUUGUACUACUGCCCUCUGAAGACGAUGAUGACGAUGGGUGUUGGCUCUUGUCAGAAGAAUUCUGGUUGUUCGUGCGACGCCAAGCGAGCUCACUUUCACGUCCUCCACGAACUCCACGUUCACUGUUGAAUCUGAAAAUUAUGGAAUUUCUUUUUAAUCUACUGAAACAACAUGCUUAA